AUGCAACUUCGCUCACCAGAACCACGACACGAAUCUCUAAUAUGGGGUGAAAUCCACAUUUUUGGUGGAAACGGCGAGCGUGUCGGUGAACAUAACGUGGUCAUCACAUCGCUGCUAUCAGGCGUCUAUGGCACGACAUCUGUCGCGACGACCGCAAUACGCAUGCUUGCUUCCUUCCCCCGCGUUCGAAUUGGGCUUCUGGUGGGAGUUGGAGGGGGUAUUGCUCGACCAGAGAAAGGGUACGACAUCCGACUAGGGGACAUUGCUGUCAAGGUUCUUCUCAAAGCCAUGGCACGGUUGCAAGCCCACCACGAGCGGAGGUCAGCGGAAGUGCCUGACAUCUUAGCCGAAAUGUUGCAAAAGAAUGCCAAAAUGGCCAAGGCGAAGCACGGUUACGUGCAUCAAGGGUUCGAAAACGAUCGAUUGUUUCAAGCACAAGAUCCAACGAUGGAGGUUUUCCGGGAACCAAGGGACUCAGCCGAUCCCGAGUUUCACUAUGGUACUAUUGCCUCCGGAUACACGCUUCUGAAGGAUGCUUUCUAUCGAGACAAGAUUCUCGAGGAUGGGAGACAGGGAUGCAUAUGUUUCGAGAUGGAAGCGGCGGGGCUAAUGAACGCUUUUCCAUGUGUGGUCAUCCGAGGAAUAUCCGAUUAUGCCGAUUCGCAUAAGAAUGAUCAAUGGCAACGCAAGUCUUUUAUCCGAUGGAGCUCGGGAUCAUAUCGACAUCUAUGGCUUCACGGCAUCUCGAGCUGCGGCAAGACCGUGCUCAGUGCUACGAUCCUCCAACAUCUGAGCCAGCACGUCAAAUCCUCCUCUCACGCUACGCUCUUUCUUUUCUUCGACUUCGCCGCUGCUGACAAACAAUCACUCGAACAGCUGGUUCGCUCCCUUGUCGCGCAAUUAUUUUUCAAUUUCGAAAGUUCUCAACGAGAGCUACGUGAGCUGUUUGCAUCCUGCAGUAACGCCCACCGACAGCUCUCGCUUGAGUCUCUUUUGGGAACAUUCCUGCUGAUGGUGAGCCAUUUGGAAAGGGUCCAAAUCGUGAUAGACGCCCUCGAUGAAUGCGAUACCAAGAAAGAUCUAGUCGACUGGCUGAAAUCCAUAUCGAGCCCCGAGCAUGCCAAUGUCUUUCUGAUUGCGACUAGCCGUUUAGGUGGGCUGCAUGCCAGCUUGAUGUUCCUAGAAGAGUGUUUGGACUUGGAAAAACUCGAGGAAUGCCUUGUUUCCUCCCCCGACUCUCUAGGCGAGACUACGCUCGAAUUCUGGUCAGCAUCCCUGCCAGACGACGCAGAAGUUCAUUCAAAUCCUACAGUUUCUGGCUUUUUCCGAGCGACCCGUGACCGUCCAAGAAGCAUUAGGUGCAGUGGUGGUCGAUCCAUACAAGACUCCUUAUUUUCACCCCGAAAGGAGGCUACCGGACCCUCGAGAGAUCAGCAGGCAGCAUCCAGCCGUGGCCAUGCGGAGUUCAUCCACCGAAUUCUGGCGCAAGGAUUUGACGUGAACCAAACCGGGGGACACUUCGGGUGCGCACUCCAGGCCGCAGGGUUCGGGGGCCGUAUGCCCAUUGUCGAAGCGUUAUUAGCCAACGGGGCCAAUGUCAAUGCCAGCGGUGGCUACCACGGCAGUGCACUACAAACUGCAGUGCGCUCAGGCAACACGCAAGUCGUUGAAACCCUGCUGGCACGCGGAGUUUCCAUCGACGCACCGGACGGGCGCCAUGGUAACCCACUGUAA